UGUAGCCUUCAGCUCUCAUUUUUUUUUCUAGCAGCAUCAUCUCACGAUAUCGACAUAAUGUGGCUUGCUCUACCAGAGGGAAAAUAAUCAAAUAUGUGGAUACCUACAGAAGAGGAGAAAAUUGGAGUUGUGAUCUGCAACUUCCGGUCAUCAAUAUGUCAGGCGCUGGUCCUGGAAAUUGGGGAAACUGUACAGAUUCUGGAGAAGAGUGAAGGUUGGUACAGAGGCUUUUCCACCAAGAAGCCUUCUAUCAAGGGUAUUUUCCCAAUCAGCUAUGUCCACUUGAAGAAAUCUACAGUGACAAAUAGAGGGUUAUGUGAGACAGUUGUACCUCUGGAGGACCCUAUUAUCACAGAGACCACCUCCACCCUGCAGGAAUGGGGCAUCCUCUGGAAGCAGCUCUAUGUGAAGCACAAGGUUGAUCUGUUCCAUAAGCUCCGCCAUGUUAUGAAUGAGCUGAUCGACCUGCGUCGGCAGCUGAUCCAGGGCCAUCUUGCUCAGGACCAGACUCGUGAGAUCAAGCGACAUAUCACCGUACGACUUGACUGGGGCAAUGAGCAUUUGGGCCUGGACCUUGUUCCUAGAAAAGAGUUUGAAAUGGUGGAUCCAGAUCAGAUCAGUGUGUCAGAGCUAUACAAACUGCAUGUAUCCAGCAGACACUGUGGUCAGCAAAGCACAAACCAGGGUGAUAAUAUAAGACAGCGCCACGGCGACGGUUGUCGUGUUCCUGUGUCACACCACCUCUUCAUCAAUCUGAAGAGCUUUACCUACAAUAGCAUCAGUGAAGAUGCAGACGUCUUCUUUUCUCUGUAUGACACUCGUGAGGCCAAACAGAUCAGUGAGAAGUUCAUGGUGAGACUGAACAAAAAUGGAGGACCAAAGAAUCCAGAGAAGGCUGAUCGUCUAUGUGCUCUCUUCACGGACCUAAGUAGUAAAGACCUGAAGAGAGACUUGUAUAUUGUUGCACAUGUCAUAAGAACUGGUCGCAUGCUGCUCAAUGAUUCAAAGAAAGGUCCGCCUCAUGUCCAGUAUCGACGGCCUUAUGGCUGUGCUGUGCUUGCCAUGAGCGAUGUUUUCCACACCAUCACAGACCUCAAAGAGGAGAAAGACUUUGUACUUAAAGUUUACACAUGUAACAAUGAGAAUGAAUGGUACCAGGUACAUGAGAACAUCAUCCGCAAAUCCAGCACCAAGUAUUCAGCCCCCAGCACCAACUAUGGCCUCAUCAUUUCCCUGCAGCUGCUGCGAGGUGAGCUGGAGCAGAUCAGACGGGAGAACCAGGCUGUGUUCAACAGGGCCUUAGCACUCACACGCAAACUGGGUUUCCCAGAUGUCAUCCUGCCAGGUGACACACGCAAUGACCUGUAUCUAACCCUGGAGCGGGGGGAGUUUGAGAGGGGUGGCAAGAGUGUUCAAAAGAAUAUUGAAGUCACGCUAUAUGUGCUUUAUGCCGACGGGGACACGCUCAAAGACUGCAUUAGCUUGGGCAGUGGGGAGCCAAACACCACUGAGUAUCGCUCAUUUGUCCUGUAUCACAACAACAGUCCUCGCUGGAGUGAGAUGGUCAAACUUCCCAUUCCCAUAGAUCGUUUCAGAGGGUCCCACCUACGCUUUGAGUUCAGACACUGUUCCACUAAAGACAAAGGGGAGAAGAAACUGUUUGGCUUUGCCUUCACUCCUCUGAUGAGAGAGGACGGGACAACUCUCUCAGAUGAAAUUCAUGAGCUGUAUGUGUACAAGUGUGAUGAAAAUGCCACCUUCAGUAAUCAGGGUCUGUACCUGAGCUUGCCCUGCUGUAAGGAGGACUUUAACAGCUGUCCCAACCUGCCGGCCAACCUGCCCUUCCAGAGAAGCCCCAAAGAAACUUUCUGGGUCUCUACGAUCCUCUGCUCCACCAAACUGACACAAAAUGUGGAUCUUCUGGCUCUUCUGAACUGGAAGGCCCAUCCUGACAGGGUGUUGGACAUCCUCGGUCGACUUCGUCAUAUCAGCGGAGAAGAGAUUGUGAAGUUCCUGCGAGAUGUCCUGGAUACGCUCUUCUGUCUUUUAGAUGACAAUACAGAUAAAUAUGGGCCGCUGGUUUUCCAGUCUCUGGUGUUCAUCAUUAACCUGCUCAGGGACAGCCGUUUCUACCACUUUAGACCUAUCAUGGACUCCUACAUCCAAAACCACUUUGCCGGCGCUUUGGCAUACAAAGAGCUGAUUCGAUGUCUGAAAUGGUACAUGGACCGCUCAGCUGAGGUCGUUCGGCAGGAUCACAUACAGGAAGCGAUGAGGGCACUGGAGUAUCUGUUCAAGUUCAUCGUACAGUCUCGUAUCCUGUACUCAAGAGCCACUUGUGGGAUGGAGGAAGAGCAAUUUAGAGCGAGCAUCCAAGAGCUCUUCCAGUCGAUUCGCUUUGUCCUGAGUCUGGACAGCCGCAGCUCAGAGAAUCUGGUGUUCACGCAGGCUGCUUUGUUGAAUAGUUUCCCUGAUAUCUUUGAUGAGCUGCUGCAGAUGUUCACGGUUCAGGAGGUAGCUGAAUAUGUCAGGGGCACCCUAGGGAGCAUGCCCAGCACAGUGGAUAUUGGCCAGUCCAUGGAUGUGGUCAAACUUCAGUCCAUUGCUCGGACAGUAGAGAGCCGCCUCUUCUUCUUCCCCGAGUCCCGUAGUAUAUUGCUGCCUGUAGUUCUGCAUCAUAUCCAUUUGCAUCUGCGCCAGCAGAGGGAGCUGCUCAUUUGUUCUGGGAUCCUGGGCAGCAUUUUUUCCAUUAUCAAGACCAGCUCCAUGGAGUCUUCUGUUCAAGAAGAGGUGGAGAUGAUGGUGGAGAGCUUACUUGAUGUGCUGCUGCAGACUCUGCUGUCUAUCAUAAGCAAAUCUCAUUCUGUGGAGACAUCCAGGGGACAACGCUGUCCCCAGUGCACCGCUGAGAUAACUGGGGAGUAUGUUUCCUGCCUUCUUUCUCUGCUCCGACAAAUGACAGAGAUCCAUUUCCAUCAUCUCCUCAACAGUUUUCACAGCAAGGAAGAGCUCAAGGAGUUCCUGUUGAAGAUUUUCUGCGUGUUUCGCAAUCUGAUGAAGCUGACCGUCUUUCCCCGAGACUGGAGCGUCAUGCGGCUUCUGACUAGUCACAUCAUCGUAGUAACAACACAAUUUCUGUCUCCGGCGUUGCACAAGAACUUCUCUGAGGCAGAUUUUGACUUCAAGGUUUGGAACUCCUUUUUCAGCCUCACCGUCCUGUACAUCAACCAGCCGAGUCUGCAGCUGGAAGCGCUCGGCCCUGCAAAGAGAAAGAAAGUCCUUGAUAAGUAUGGGGAUAUGAGAGUAAUUAUGGCAUAUGAGCUCUUCAGCAUGUGGCAAAAAUUGGGUGACAACAAGCCCCACUUUAUCCCAGGAAUGAUGGGUCCCUUCCUUGGUGUCACUCUGGUUCCUCAGAAUGAAGUUCGAAAUAUCAUGAUCCCAAUUUUUCAUGACAUGAUGGAUUGGGAACAGAGGAAAAAUGGCAACUUCAAACAGGUGGAAGCAGAACUGAUGGAUAAGCUGGACAGCAUGGUGUCAGACGGGAAAGGCGAUGAUAACCACAGAGAGCUCUUCAGCCUCUUGACUCAGCUGUUUGGUCCUUAUCCAAGCUUACUGGAGAAGAUUGAGCAGGAGACCUGGAGAGAAACUGGAAUCUCAUUUGUCACAUCAGUAACCAGACUCGUCGAGCGAUUACUGGACUACAGGGACUGCAUGAAAGGAGAUGAGAUGGAGAACAAGAAAAUCGGUGGUUCUGUCAACCUUAUGAACUUCUACAAAUCAGAGGUGAACAAGGAGGACAUGUACAUCCGUUACAUCCACAAGCUGUGUGACCUGCACCUCCAAGCAGAAGACUUCACAGAGGCAGCAUUUACCCUGCUGCUGUACUGGGAGCUGCUACAGUGGGAAGACCGGCCUCUGAGGGAUUUCCUUCACUACCCCUGUCAGAGUGAGUGGCAGCGCAAGGAAAACUUAAGUCGUAAAAUCCUCCACUACUUCAACAAGGGAAAGUGCUGGGAAUAUGGCAUCUCCCUUUGCCGGGAGCUGGCUUUCCAGUAUGAGACUUUAUAUGAUUAUCAGAGCCUCAGCUGGAUACGGAAAAUGGAGGCAGCAUACUAUGACAACAUCAUUGAACAGCAGAGGAUUGAACCAGAGUUCUUUAGAAUGGGCUUCUAUGGCAGGAAAUUUCCUUUCUUCCUCAGGAACAAGGAAUUUGUAUGUCGGGGUUAUGACUAUGAACGGCUAGAGGAUUUUCAGCAAAGGAUGCUGGGGGAAUUUCCACAAGCUAUUGCCAUGCAGCACACCAACCAACCGGAUGACACCAUCCUGCAGAGCGACGCACAGUAUUUGCAGAUCUAUGCGGUGACUCCAGUGUCAGACAUCUCUGAUGUGCCCCAGCUGGAGCGUGUGCCUGAAAGAAUCAAGAGUUUCUACCGCAUAAACAAUGUCAGCCGUUUCCACUAUGACAGGCCUUUCCACAAAGGCCCCAAGGACCGUGAGAAUGAGUUCAGGAGUUUGUGGAUUGAGAGAACAACUCUGAUUCUGUCUCGUCCUCUCCCUGGCAUCUCCCGCUGGGCUGAGGUGGAAAGGAGAGAAGUGGUGGAGGUGAGCCCUCUUGAGAAUGCCAUUUAUGUGGUGGAGAAUAAGACCCAGGAGCUGCGGACUUUGAUCAGCCAGUACCAACACAGGCAGCAUCAUGGCAACAUCAACUCACUCAGCAUGUGCCUCAAUGGCGUCAUAGAUGCUGCUGUGAACGGAGGCAUUGCCAGAUAUCAGGAGGCCUUCUUUGAUAAGGACUACAUCAGCAGUCAUCCAGAGGAUACAGAGAGGAUCACGCAUCUGAAGGAUCUCAUGCAGGAGCAGGUGCACAUUCUCGGUGUGGGGCUGGCUGUUCAUGAGAAACUGGUGCAUCCGGAGAUGCGCCCUCUGCACAAAAAGCUUGUAGAUCAGUUCCACAUGAUGAGGACAGGUUUACACCAUUAUAUGACUGGGUCUCAGCAGGCUGUUCCCAACAUGGAUCGAUUCGGCCCAGCUGGUUGCCCAGGGGUUAAUUCUCCCAGAGGCAUCCUCUCUUCCCACAACCACAUGAGCCCUGAGAGUGUGCGCCUCAUACACAGACACAGUCCUCUGAACCUGCAGGGUUCAAUCCGUCAUUCAUCAUCCUCCCUGUCCUCUCACACAUCAAGUGAGGCAGGAAACUUGGUCAUAAUGACUGAUGGCCUCAUGGGGGAGCAUCCUGAAGAGGCGUUACACAUGCAGCCGAGUCCCUCCUCCUCCAGUCUGAGCUCAAUCCGCUCAAACUCCUCUCAAAUUAUCAACUCUGCCCCAUCAAGUGCCAGAGGCUCGCCAUCUUUGCCCGAUAAGGCCAAACACAACCGAGAAGUGAUGAUACUUCUGCCGUCUCAUCGUGAGAGAACCAACAACUCUAUGUAUUACAACAUGGCAGAGAAUGGGCAGAACAACCACAUGCAGCGUGCCUUACUUCAGCAAGUUAGUCCCUGUAAGCCUUGUACUGACACUCACAUAAAUCUACCAGAGAAAGUUUUUCCCACUGCUCCCAGCAGCUGGAGUCUGGAUGGAGAGAACAGGGAGCAGGUGUCAUACAUGCCUGCUUCCACUGGAGGGGGAAUCAUGCCCCCUGUCCCACCCAGAUCCUUCCCGCCAGGACAUUUUAUGAUGCACUGUGAUGGAUUUCACCACCAGAACAGCGACCCUCCUCCUGCCCUGCCCGUUAGAUCUCUCCGAAAGUCUCCUCUCCACCCCAUUCCUGGCUCUCCCACCAGUCCUCAGUCAGCAUUGGGUGGCAGCAACUCCACUCUGUCAGGCAGUGCCAGCAGUGGUGUGUCCUCUCUGAGUGAGAGUAACUUUGGAGGUCAGUAUCCAGAUCCAGGUCCCAUCAGGAAUGACGCCUUGGAGCCUCUUCCCAGUCACCUAUGGUCCCCCCCUGACGAGUACCUGACCUCUCCCUACCUACACAUCCACUACGGUGGAACAGAAAUCGACUCCAUGGAUCCGGUCCGCCCUUUCCACUACCGUAACCCUGCUUCACACCCUCACACCCACCCGCACCCUCAUGCUCAUGCCCAUCCCGGGCUGGACAGCCACUCCCAUGGCCCUCCACCUCACCACCAUGCUCCCACUCAUGGGCCUCAUCACAUCCCUUACCGACGACCUCAGCCUCCAGCGGUUCCCCCAAAACCCUACUUGAGAGAGGGCUGCAUCCCUGAGGAGGACCUUCCCCCCCAGCCCAUCCCACUGCCCCGCAGGAUCUUCCAUUCCCCUCAUGGCCACAGGGAGGACCAGGGGAAGCAUGCAUGGGAGCAGUGCAUCAGUGAAGAGCAUGAGGAAGCCCAGUGAUGGGGAGGCUUCAGCUAAAUUUAACUAACAUCCAUCUUGUCGUUCAUUUGCACUGAGUUAACAGAGCAGUAACAGAAAUUUUAGGUAUGUUGUCAGCUGACCCUUGUUACUGUGUAUUUUAAUGUCAGUGCAUAUGAAGGAUAGAGCAGGAGCACAUCUCCAUGAUGCUACACAUUGAGGCAGAACUGUUGCCGCUGCUUACCGUGGCCUCUUAGAUACGAUAAAAAAACAAAAACAAAAACAAAAAACAAACAAACAAAAAAACAACAAAAAAAAACACAAACAUUGUUGAACAAUGAGUGAUUCACUUGUUCAAAAAUUGAUAUUGAUUGUACACAACUGUACAACUUGUCUGUGAGCAUGUUUUUUUCAUUUGAGAAUAAUAUGACAACAGUUUUGUGAAACAUUACAACCAUGAUCAUAACUGACAUGACCCCCAGUGCAGUAUCAGCUCUGAACUCCCUCAAUUUUGCUCUUCAUGUCAUUUUCAUAACAAAGAAACUAUAGAAGGUGAUUAUUCACAGUGAAGUGACUUCUCUGCUUUAAAAGCUUCAUAUAUAUGAAUAAUUAUUUUGAUAAAUUUGCUACAUUAUAGUGUUUUCAAAGGCUUACGCCCAUUAUGUUUUUCAAAAACACUGUUAAGUGCUCCUUAAUAGUGAAUCAUAUCAAAUGGCGCACUGUAAUAUGUGUUGCUGCUGGGCUGUCAUGAAUCGCAGGUCUCUAAGGUUGAACUUGCGGUUGCCAUCUUGGAGUGGUGUCUCCAGAGACAUGAACAGUCACUGAUGAUUUCCCAUCCAUACCAUGUGUAUGGAAACCCAAAUGAAUGUAUUUAGAUGAGAUAUUCUACCUUUGCUGCACAAGCUGCAAUCCUGGUUUUUGUUUAGGUGCUUUAAGUUCAGUUUCUGUCAAAAAAAAGUCUUUUGUUGGUCUUUUUUAUGUGGCAAAGAUAUCUGGAGAGGAAUGAGAGUGUUCGGCAGGCUGGGGGGAAACUGAGGACAGGGAUAGACACAUCCAACACCUGUCAGCUUUCAUGUUCAUGGUGAAUGAAGAACGAGGACUCCACUUUGCACCUCAGUCCACUGCUGGACACUCAGAACCAACACCAACACCACUCCCUUGCUCUCUGUUUUUCCCCUCCGUCUUUUUCCUUCUCUGUGUGGCUGUCAGGUCAUGUUAAGCAGUGAGUGUUGAACCUGGACUGAUGGUUCAGCCGCAGAGCCCACACAGACAGUAUUGGAAUUGCCUUCCUGCCUUAAGUGCACUCAGAUGCAGUUUGACCUCUCGUCCGGACUGUGUGAAACUCAUUUAGCAACAGCCAUUUUCACGCGGUUCACUACACACUCCCUGAAAGACAAAAAAAAAAAAAAAAAAAAAAAAAAAAUUAAUAUCUACCAAGUGAUGUUUUUGUAUGGUUUCAUUCUGCUUUAGUUUCAGAUUGUUGUUUGUUUUGUAGCGCUAAUAUUUCUUAUCUUGCCUGCAGCUCUUUCUCAAUCACCUUCUGUUGUUUGAUAACUGAUGAUGUGUUUCAAGAGAACGCUGAAGGCCGGACCCACAGAGAGGUUUCCUUUUGUUCGCAGAACAGAAAAGUUCCACGAACAAAAGAACAACCCAUAGUUGGUUGGAAGGAUAUAGCUAAUAUUUUAACAAUUACUUGUUUUCCUGGUUGUUUUUUGCAGGUGGAAGCUUUGUGUUAUUGUACAUCAAGUUGUCAGUGGACUAGACAAGAUCUAUUUUUGUAUGUGAGAUCAUCAGUUGUGUGAGCGUAUUCCAGAUACUGACAGGAGGCCCAGGUACUGCAUAGACUGCUGUACUUUGGCGUUGAGAUUAGUAGAUAUAUACAGUUUUUGAGUAUCUGUAGUGAGUUUGAUGACAGUUUGAUAAGGAAAACUGGCAACUGAAGUGAUACUAAAAAUAUAGGUACAAUAGAAUUUUUCAAUGUAAAUUCUGUUAUUGUACAUACAGCAGUAUUGUGAAAUAUUUUUGAGAAUUAUUGCAAAAGCCCUAAAAGGUUUAUUGUUGUUUUGUGUAUAUACAUGUACUCCAGAGAUCAAUGUAAUUGAUAAAUAUCUAUAAUCAGUGUUUGGAAAGGACAAAUCCAUUAGACUGUGGCUGUCUCCACCAUUCUUCUCAUAUAAAUACUUUAUACACUUUUCAAUGUGCUUUCCUGUAUAUAUGGUGUUAGCAUGAUCAAAAAGUGUUUGGUUGUAAAUGUGGUUUUCCUACUCCCAUAACUGCUGUGGUAUGGAAUUCAUUAACAAUGCCAAACAUUAAAGACAAUCUUUUAUCA